AAUUUCAAAGAAUCCCCGUAUACUCUGUAGCUGCGUUCGGGGAACGCGUUAUCUGCGUUAUUUUUACGUCAUUUUAUCCUUGUUUUACAUUCAAUUAUCGAUAGAGAUAGAAUGAUAUAAUAAACGCACUUCCUGAACGUAGCCCGCGUCAUUUGGUAUUCGGUGCUCGGCGUACGCAGGUGGGGUAUUGAUCUCAUUUGAUGCUGGCGGCAUCCACGUGGUCUCCAACGUGUAGUGAUAAUCUUUAAUCAGUGCUAUUUGCAAUAAAUCCAAUUACAAUGACAGCAGAAAGAAAAACAUUUAAAGUUGAAUUUCUUCAAAAAAUUGAAGAAGACAUUCAAAGAAAAUGGGAAGCCGCAAAAGUGUACGAGGUGGACGCUCCUUCGGGAGAUGGUGAAUUACCCGAAAAGUAUUUUUCAACUUUUCCUUAUCCGUAUAUGAAUGGACGCCUUCAUCUAGGUCAUACAUUUUCACUAUCUAAGUGUGAGUUCAUUACUCGAUAUCAUCGUUUGUUGGGAAAGAAAGUACUCUUUCCCUUUGGUUUUCAUUGCACUGGCAUGCCUAUUAAGGCGUGUGCUGAUAAACUAAAAAGAGAAAUAGAAGAAUAUGGUUACCCUCCAGACUUUUCUAAAAGUGAAGAUAACAAAAUGACAAAAAAAGAAAGAAAUGAUGAUAUUAUUGCGUUAGAGAAUAAGAGUAAAGGGAAGAAGAGCAAAGCUGUUGCCAAAGCAGGCGCAGCAAAAUAUCAAUGGCAGAUUAUGCAAUCUCUUGGCUUGAAAGAUGAAGAAAUUAAAAAUUUUACUGAUGCUGCGUACUGGUUGGAUUUCUUUCCAAAAUUUGCUGUGACGGAUUUAAAAUCUAUUGGUCUCCAUGUGGACUGGAGAAGAACGUUUAUUACAACGGAUGCAAAUCCGUUUUAUGACUCUUUUGUACGCUGGCAGUUUCUACAUUUGAAAGAUAGAAAAAAAAUAAUGUACGGAAAGAGAUAUAGCAUUUAUUCACCAAGAGAUGGCCAACCGUGUAUGGAUCAUGACAGAUCUUCAGGAGAAGGCGUUUUGCCACAAGAAUAUACAUUGAUUAAACUAAAAGUGAAAUAUCCCAUGAAACUCGACAAUGGCUUCAAAGGAAAGUCAGUUUACCUUGUGGCCGCAACUAUGAGACCAGAAACGAUGUACGGUCAAACGAACUGUUGGGUGCAUCCGGAAAUAAAAUAUGUAGCAUAUAAUUUAUUAGACGGAGAUAUAUUUAUUUCGACAGAACGUGCAGCAAGGAAUAUGUCUUAUCAAGGUUUUUUUCAAACAGAAGGAAAAAUCGAUAUUGUUCGGGAAUUCCUGGGCAAGGAAUUGUCAGGAUUGGAACUAGAAGCUUCUCUCACAGUUUAUAAAUCAAUAUAUGUACUGCCUCAGUUUUUUGUAAAAGCAGAUGUGGGUACUGGCAUUGUAACUUCUGUUCCUAGUGAUUCUCCUGAUGAUUACAUAAACUUAAUAGAACUGCGUGAUCAACCAAAGCUUAAAGAAAAGUUUGGAAUCACUGACGAAAUGAUCCUUGAGCCAGUUCCAGUUCUUGAAAUUCCAGAUUAUGGCAAUUUAACAGCACCAACAUUAUGUAAGGAGUUAAACAUUAAAAGUUCAAACGAUAAAGAACUGCUUAAAGAAGCGAAGACGCAAGCGUAUUUGAAAGGAUAUUACACGGGUGUGAUGCGAGUAGGAGGCCCUAAAUAUGAAGGUAAAAUGGUACAAGAUGUCAAGAAACUUGUUCAGAAAGAACUGGUCGACAAUCGCCAAGCCGCGAUCUAUUACGAACCGGAGAAACCUGUUAUUUCGAGAUCAAAUGACGAAUGUGUAGUCGCCUUGUGCAAUCAAUGGUAUUUGGAUUACGGCGAUAAAGAAUGGAAGAAAACCGUACGUGACGCAUUGGAACGUCUCAAUACUUUCCACGAAGAAGUUUUUAACAAUUUCAACAUGUGUUUGGAUUGGCUACACGAAUACGCAUGUUCCAGAACAUAUGGACUUGGCACCAAACUACCGUGGGAUGAGAGCUGGUUGAUAGAAUCUCUGUCGGACUCCACUAUAUACAUGGCUUAUUACACAAUAGCGCAUUUCCUGCAAGGAGGAACCUUUAAAGGAGAAAAACCCAAUGAAUACAACAUAAAAGCCAGUGAUAUGACUCCGGAAGUAUGGGAUUAUAUCUUUUUCCGAGACGCUAAACUACCCACAAACACUUCAAUAAAAAAAGAAAUUCUAGAUCGUAUGAGAAACGAAUUUAGAUACUGGUAUCCGGUAGAUUUGAGAGUGUCAGGGAAAGAUCUGAUACAGAAUCAUCUUACGUUUUAUCUUUACAAUCACACAGCGAUAUGGCCGAAGGAACCUGAAAUGUGGCCGCAAGCAAUAAGAGCAAAUGGUCAUCUGCUAUUAAAUUCGGCGAAGAUGUCAAAGUCAGAGGGCAACUUUCUAACGCUUGAGGAAGCUGUAAGAAAGUUUUCAGCCGAUGGAAUGCGUCUCUGUUUGGCCGACUCUGGUGAUUCUAUACAGGAUGCUAAUUUCGAUGAAAAUACAGCCGACGCGGGAAUUCUUCGACUGUACAAUUUGAUACAAUGGGUCAAAGAAGUAUUGUCUACGAAAGAUUCCUUCAGACACGAUGAACUUCAUACGUUUAAUGACGAAGUAUUCGAAAGUGAAAUCAAUCUGAAAAUAAAAGAAACUGGGAAGCAUUAUUCGAACAUACUUUUCAAAGAAGUAUUGAAAACGGGAUUCUUCGAGUUUCAAGCAGUCAGAGACAAAUAUUUGCAAUUGAGCAUACUGGAUGGUUACAGUUGGAAACUUAUUAUGAAAUACAUAGAAAUUCAGGUCAUUCUUCUAUCUCCUAUUUGCCCUCACGUUUGUGAACACAUAUGGGAACUUAUUGGAAAAGACGGCAGCAUAUUAGACGCGAGAUGGCCCGUCGCGGGAGAAAUAAACGAAAUUUUAAUAAAAUCAUCUCAAUAUUUAGAAGAAGCCGCUCACACAUUUAGAGUUCUUUUGAAAAAUUAUCUAACACCGCCAAAAUCUGCAAAAAACGUCAAAAUAUCAAAACCUGAGCAAGGAAUUAUUUGGGUGGCCAAGUCUUAUCCUUGUUGGCAGAGUAUCAUUCUCACGACGAUGAAGGAAAUGUACACUAAAAAUGAUGGUAAGUUACCAGAAAAUAAAGUACUUGCUGUGGAGUUUGCGAAGAAAAGCGAAUUGAAACAGUAUCAGAAAAGAGUAAUGCCGUUUGUACAAUUCAUGAAGGAAAAAGUGGCGGAUAUUGGUGUGAAGGCGUUAAAUUUGACGCUUGAUUUCGACGAGUUCGAUGUACUUGAGAAAAACAAAGAAUAUCUCAAAAAGACGCUAAAUCUCAACGAUAUUGUCAUAAAAUACACGGACGAUGUAGAUGCCCCGGAAAAAACAAGGGAACAAUGUUGUCCGGGUACUCCGUACAUGAGCUUUCAUGAAAACAAAGAUGACAAUUUACUAUCCGUUACGUGCAUUAAUCCGCAGGUUUUCACUAGCUUAUUUAGCUUGUCCAUUCAAGUUGCAGAAGGCGAUACAGUUGCAACUGUCGUAUCUAAAAUCGUGAAACAAAUUCCGCAUAUAAAGAAUCCUGUUUCAAUCGUGUUGUAUCGAUAUGACGAUCCAGUUUUGGGACCAAGAGUUAAACCGACAAUAGACGACAUACUGAAAGGAAAAACCGAGAUCCCAUCUGAUUCUGUAUUUCACGUAAAUAUGGAAACGAAACGUCUUGAAGUUAACGUUGCAGGUAGCACAUAUUUUAUAGGAGAAUACUUAAUUUAUAUCAGUAAAUAUCUCUAAAAGUUUUGCUUGAAGUAAACGAUUUGAUCAGAGUGAAAAAAAAAAAAAAAAAGAUUUUAA